UUUAUUUCACAAAGUUUGUAGCAAAGGUAUGUCAGUUGAAGUAGAUACAUCUGCUUUGAUUUGUAUAGGAGUUGGUAGGCUCCCAAAUGAUUAAAAAUGGAAAGUUCCAAAAGCAUUAGUGAGAAAGAGGCAAAAGAAGACCUUAACAAUAAACAACAUAUAGGUGGUUGUCGUCCAUGUAAGUAUAAAAAAAGAGCUCACUCCAAGCCCUUCAUGAAAGCUGCUUUUGUUCAAGCAUCAUGGCUCGUCUUUGGAGGCUCAACUCUCUCAGUUGUGCUUCUGUUUCUAUAUUAGUUUUUGUGCUUCUUUUGAAUGCCAUGGACGUUUCAUGUGACGAUUACCUGGUUCCUGGCUACUAUAGAGACUCAUGCCCCCUUGUGGAGGACAUUGUGAGAAGACAUGUCCUCAUGGCUAUACGCAAAGAUCCUCGCAUGGCUGCAUCGCUACUUCGACUCCACUUUCAUGAUUGCUUCGUCAUGGGGUGUGAUGGAUCGGUGUUACUAGACAGCAGAGGGAGCAUAGAGAGUGAGAAGGGGGCCGAUCCCAACGUUAAUUCAGUCAAAGGAUUCGAGGUGGUGGAUUCUAUCAAAUUUGCAUUGGAGAUUGCAUGCCCAGCUAUUGUUUCUUGUGCCGAUAUCUUGGCCAUGGCUGCUCGCGACUCCGUCGUCCUGAGAGGAGGGCCCAAUUGGGAUGUAUACUUGGGGAGAAGGGAUUCUCUAACUGCAAGCUUCAGUGGCGCUAAUAAAUUCAUCCCAUUACCGAAUUCCACCCUCCAAACUCUCAUCACCAACUUCCAAGCUCAAGGUCUGGACCCUCUAGAUCUAGUAACACUAUCCGGGAGCCAUACAAUUGGCUACUCAAGGUGCUUGAACUUUAGACAACAUAUCUAUUCCCCACUAGAACAAGAUGAAGAAGAAUAUGCAGAAGGAAGCACGCCAGACUACUGUUCUCAACAAAAAAAGAGAAAAAGCAAGCCAGACCCUGUCUUUCGAAGAAUUUUGCGCUCGACAUGCCCGAUUACAGGGAGGGACAACAGUCUAACGCCAUUAGACUAUUCAACUUCGGUUUUCUUUGACAAUCAUUACUUCCUGAACCUCAUGCAAGGGAAGGCUCUUUUACAGUCUGAUAGCUCCCUCCUCUCUUCAACGUACACAAAGGAGCUAGUGUGGGCCUAUGCAUCGAACCCACGCCUCUUUUACAGAAAGUUUGCAUCAUCCAUGGUGAAGAUGGGAAACAUCAACCCUCUCAUUGGAGACCAGGGAGAGAUACGACAAAAUUGUCGAUUCGUGAACUCGCAGAGUUUGACGAGCCCAUAGCUCUCAGUGAAAGUUUUAUGUCAUUAGCAUUACAUUUGUUUCAGAAGAUACAGAAUUGAUUUACAAGUGAGUUUGUGAGUGGAAUUUUACAAAAUCGAGUCCUUAUACAAGUCUACGUAUGCUCUGAGUCUAGUGUUUAGAUAUUGAUGUGCAUUUGUAUCAGUAAUUAAGGGAGAAAAAACACAAGUUAUGGUGU